CAGUCUCUCUGCUCAGCCGGCUCCCACAUACCUGCACACACACAAACAAAGGCUGGGGAAGGGUCAGACACCAUUCGGUCUCCCCGCCCCCCGCUGUCCUCCCCCACCUCCAGUUGAUCAUGGCAUCAGAAGCAGGGAAAACUUUCCAGCGGUUUGCGGUCUUUGGAGAAUCAUCAAGCAGUGGCACUGAAAUGAACAACAAAAACUUCUCCAAGCUAUGCAAAGACUGUGGCAUCAUGGAUGGCAAGACAGUCACCUCCACUGAUGUGGACAUCGUAUUCAGCAAAGUCAAGGCCAAGAAUGCCCGAACCAUCACAUUUCAACAGUUCCAGGAGGCAAUGAAGGAACUGAGCCAGAAACGAUUCAAGGACAAGAACCCAGAUGAAGCUCUGGAGAACGUUUAUAAACUCAUGGAAGGCAAGGAUCCAGCUACCACUGGUGUUACCAAAGCAACGACAGUGGGUGGGGUGAGCCGGCUGACGGACACCAGCAAGUACACAGGCACGCACAAGGAGCGCUUUGACGAGAGUGGCAAGGGCAAAGGCAUCGCAGGACGGGAAGAGACGACUGACAACUCAGGCUAUGUGAGUGGCUACAAGGGUGCUGGCACCUAUGACAAGAAGAGCAGCAAAUAAGAAGUAGCCUCAACAACUAGGGUCAAUUAGUCCUCAGCCUGGCAUCUUAAACACCAGGGAGCAUAGGGAACAAUAAACAUCUGUGUGUACA